AUGGAUCCUGAGUUGAAAGAUUUGGAUUUUUAUAAAAUACUCGAAAUCCAACAAUCGGCAACCGAUAAAGAGAUUAAAACGGCAUAUCGGAAAAAAGCCUUAAAAUGCCACCCAGAUAAAAAUCCAAAUGAUCCGGAAGCGGCUCAAACGUUUAUGCGCCUAUCUAAAAUAUUAAGUGUUCUCACGGACACAGAAGCUCGAUGCAAAUAUGACAAGUCGCUAAACGCUAGAACUGCAAAAAAAUGUGAUUAUUAUAUGAAUAUACUCAAUCUCGAGAAGGAACUAGAGAGUUUAAAAAGAGAUUUCGAACUUUUAGAGCAAGAAACUGAAAAAGAAAGGAUCGGAUCAUAUAUACUAAGAUUAAAGUGGAAGAAAAAAGGAGUAUAUGAUAAAGCGAAAUUAACAUCAUUGUUUUCCAAGUAUGGUGACAUAUUAAGUGUUGUGGUUCUUCAGAACAACAAACCUAUGGGUUUUGUUCAGUACAAAUCGAAGACUUCUGCUAUAAACGCCAAAAAUGAGGAAGUUGGUUUGAAGAGUUGUCCUCUUAUUGUGAGUUUUCUCGGAGAAUAUGGACCAGACACUAAAUAG